AUGGAGAUUGAAAAUGCGACUGUCGUAAAGGGUCUGUUAUCAACGCCUAAAUACUUUCCUCAUUGGUAUAUGUAUGACACUCGAGGUUCCAUUUUGUUUGAUAACGCAGCAAUGAACAACCCUCAUUAUCAUAUUUACGGGAAUGAAACACGCAUCCUGAAACAGAAUAUCGUUGAAAUCAUCUCUAAUGUGGGAAAUGAAGUUGUGUUAUGUGAACUUGGUGCAGGAAGUUCAACCAAGACUACACAUAUAAUAUCAGCACUGUUGCAGAAGAACAAACAAUUGACAUAUAUACCAAUAGACGUGGCUAAAGAGUUUGUAGAGGAUACGUCUAGAGGAUUACUUGCGCAGUUCAAUAAUGGUUUAGAAGUCAAACCAUUUGCAGGGAAUUAUAUUGAAGGUUUAUGCCAUUUGAAGACUAUCAGAAAAGAAAAGUUGAUAAUUUUUCUCGGCAAUAGUUUCAGUAAUAUACCAUUACAUGAAAUGAGGUCAUUUUUAUCACAUCUUAAAGAUGCAAUGGGUGACAAUGGUAGAUUCCUAGCUGGUAUUGACACCACACAAGAUGAAGAUACACUCCGUGCUAUGUAUACCGACCCACAUACUUCUGUACCGUUUGCUCUGAAUUGUCUAACCCGCUUAAAUCGUGAAUUCGAGGCUAACUUCAAACUAGAAAUGUUCCGCUUAAACCUCGAGUUGGUGGUACGCGAUGGUGCAGUAGAUAUGGUUGACAAUCCACGAUAUAUUCAGAUAGCACUUAAAAGUACAUGUAAACAAGAUGUAAAUUUAGAAAAACUAGGUUUACAUAUGAGUUUUGAAGCUGAUGAGUUGAUGUAUGUGCAUGAAUUAGAAAGUCUAAGUUUAAAGUGGACAUGGGACCAAUUUGAAGAUACUAUGGCUAAAGGGGGACUUUGUUUGCAGAAGAAGUGGAGCGAUGAAUCUGAUAUAUUUGGACUGGUUUUGAUGGAGAGUAUUUAG